CUCGACAGAUAUGGCCUUCCCUUCUGGGGCAACGAGAAUGGGAAAAAACUAAUAAUAUGUGAUCACAGGCUGCCCCCCUUAGAGCUCUUCGAGCACUACGAGCAUGGAAAGGAUGCGGAUCCCACAUUCAGCUCCUUACUGAAAGAAGGCGUGAAGGUAUCCGACAUCACCGGAUCGAUCGGCGCAGAGGUUACGGGCGUUCAGCUCUCACAGCUGGACAACAAGGGAAAGGAUGAACUCGCUUUGCUAGUGGCCCAGAAAAAGGUCGUGGUGUUCCACGAUCAAGACUUUGCCACUAUCCCGAUACAGCAGGCUGUUGAUUUUGCGGGCUAUUUCGGCAAGCUGCACGUUCAUCCAGUCAGUGGAGCUGUUCCAGGGUUUCCUCAACUCCAUAUGGUCUACCGCGGGCCCAAAGAUGUAGGUCAUGAUAAAUUGCCCGAGACAAGAACUACGUCCAUUUCGUGGCACAGCGAUGUGAGCUAUGAGCUACAGCCUCCGGGAACCACAUUCCUAUUUGCCGUCGAAGUCCCCGAGAGCGGAGGUGAUACUAUCUUCGUCAACCAGGCCAAAGCAUAUGAGCGACUCUCUCCGACGUUUCGAGAGCGACUGGCGGGGCUCAAAGUCGUGCAUUCCGCGCAUGAGCAGGCCCACCAGGCUAUUAGCAACGGUGGGCAGUUGAGGAGGGACCCAAUCACCACCGUGCACCCUCUGGUCCGAACGCAUCCUGCAACGGGCGAGAAGGCGCUGUACGUCCAACCGCAGUUCGCCCGCUCGAUAGUUGGCUACAAGAAGGAAGAGAGCGACGCGCUGCUGGGGUUCCUGUACCAGCAUAUUGCUCUGAGUCAGGAUAUCCAGUGCCGCGUCAAAUGGAGGCCUAGGUCUGUUGUCGUGUGGGAUAAUAGGGUCACGGCUCACUCCGGCUUGGUGGACUGGGAGGGACCGCGGUUCAGGUAUAUUGCCCGACUGGCAGCACAGGCUGAGGUGCCAACCGAAUAG